GAAUAAACCAACUUAAUAUAAUAUUUUCUUCCAUGAAAGCGUAAUUUCACAUCAACAUAAGCUUUCAACUUCAAAUACACACCCACCCCAUUUGAUCAAAUCUUGUAACCAUCCCAUACCAUAUUUUAUUAUUUCACUUUUCAAUCCUCACUCCCACUCUACACCUUACCUUCGAUCUCACACCAACCCACCACCGUCUGUACUAUGCAAGCCACCGUGAAAGCCGGAACCCGGCCACCGUGGGUGGGGUUUGCAGCCGCCGUGUGGGUGGGAAUAGCCGCCGGAAACUCCUACUGUUUCCCACUUUACUCUGACUCUUUGAAAACAGUUUUGGGGUUUUCACAACAACAGCUUACAGUUCUUGGUGUUGCUAAUGAUUUUGGGGAGAACACUGGGAUUCUUCCUGGCAUUGCUUGUAAUUAUUUCCCACCUUGGGCUGUGCUUCUUGUUGGGGUCUUUUCUGCUUUCUUUGGUUAUGGGGUUAUCUGGCUUGCUAUUACUCAGACUGUGCAUAAUUUGCCUUACUGGGUUUUAUGGAUUGCACUUGUGCUAGCGGCUAACAGUAGCGCGUGGUUGGGAACCGCAGUGCUCGUUACAAAUUUACGAAAUUUCCCGCUAAGUCGGGGCACGGUCGCGGGCCUUCUAAAAGGCUACAUCGCUCUAAGUGCCGCGGUUUUCACCGAAGUAUGCACCAUGUUACUAAACGGGUCGUCUACACAACUCGUGCUUGUGUUCACACUCGGUAUACCGAUCAUAUGUCUCGCUUUAAUGUACUACGUUCGCCCGUGUACACCUGCUUCCGAGCCCGACCCGUCGGAAAACGUUCACUUCAUGUUCACACAAGCGUGUAGUCUUAUACUAGCGAUCUUUCUUCUAACCACAACGAUCCUAAAAAACUCAUUAAACCUAAACAAAACGAUAUCCUACACGUUUAUCGCGAUUGUGGUGGUUCUUUUACUAUCACCGCUCGCAAUCCCGAUUAAAAUGACCCUGUUUCCCGCCACUAAGAAGUCGAUCCGGCCCGUUGACUCUUCCGACAGUUUGGAUAUGAAAACCGAACCGUUGCUAACGGUGUCAUCUUCAAACACGAAUCUUUCGAGUUUUCGUGAGAAUGAAUACGGUUCUGAUGUAAAUCUGCUUCUUGCGGUUGGAGAAGGAGCGGUUAAAAUAAAGAAACGAAGGCCUAGAAGAGGUGAAGAUUUUAGUUUUCGUGAAGCGAUAAUGAAGGCCGAUUUUUGGCUUUUAUGGACCACUUAUUUUCUCGGGAUCGGGUCCGGGGUCACGGUUUUGAAUAAUUUGGCCCAAAUCGCGAGUUCGCUAGGGUUUGAUGAUACAACCACAUUGAUGAGUCUAUUUAGUUUUUGCAAUUUUCUUGGUCGGCUUGGUGGCGGUGCUGUUUCUGAAUACUUUGUGAGGUCACACACGAUCCCAAGGACAUUUUGGACAAUGGUAACACAAAUCAUCAUGGUGUUAACAUAUCUUCUAUAUGCAUCAGCUCUAAAAGGAACAUUAUAUGCUGCAACAGCAUUACUCGGAACAUGUUAUGGUGUUCAAAUUGCUAUCAUGGUAUCAACAUCCUCCGAGCUUUUUGGAUUAAAAAACUUCGGGUUAUUUUUCAAUUUUAUGCAGCUAGGAAACCCUCUCGGGGCACUAUUAUUUUCCGGUAUGCUCGCGGGUUACAUUUAUGACACCGAAGGAGCUAAACAAGGUGGGUCUAUGUGUUUGGGCCCCACUUGUUUUCGGCUCACGUUUUUUGUUCUUGCGUGUGUAUGUGGUUUAGGGACCAUACUGAGCUUGAUUUUGACUCUUAGAAUUAGACCCGUUUAUCAAAUGCUUUAUGCUGGUGGUUCGUUCCGUUUGCCUCAAGCCUCUAGUCACUAAUUUGAUGACUUGUCAAUAGUCGACCUAUGAGGUCUAUAUGUUUGUUGUAUGUAUGUAUAAUAAUCUUGGUCCUAUGUUUAAGAGCAUAAGAACACUUGUUACUUAAAAAUUGAGCUUAUUGUCACGAUUCUUUUAUGGAAAUCAUACUCGAAUCGACAUUCUGCA